AUGUUACUUUACAAAAAUAUUCCAUGUGAUUUAAUUACAUUAUUAAUGCCGCAUAUCAAUUUAAUUCGUACAUGUUGUGCUCGAUGCUAUAUCUGUUCUAAAUAUAUUACUGCUGCAGAAAUUGCGUAUCUCUUAGUAUUAAAUAAACAAAAUCGAUACACACUAGCAAUUGAUUUAAGUGUUUAUACUCGAAACCAACAAUUUCGAUUAUUUAAUUCGGUUAAAAUAAAUAAGACAAAUUCAUUACUUCAAACAACAACUUUUCCAUUUGAUCAUGAUUCAAAAAAUUUCUAUGAUGAAAUGCUUAAAAAAUCUUUAAUAACAUAUAAUGAUCUAAUAGACGUACCUAUAGUAUUUUUAAAAGACGAUCACUUUUUAUGUAAAUCAACCGAAACAAUAUAUGAAACUCUAUCUGAGAAUUAUAGUUUUAUUAAUUUUAACAAUAUUAAUACUCAUUCAAACAUUUAUUUUAAAUAUGGUUCACAUUUUACGAGUACAUCCAAUUCUAUGAAACUUAAUAUUCCAUCAGAAAUUAUUACACGUAUUUCUACAAAUGAAUUCGAACAAGACAUGCAACAAUUUAGACCUUUUGUAGAAAAAUUAAUUCAAUCCGAUAAUAAGCAUCAAGGUUUUAUUCGAUCAUGUGUUCGUGGUAAUCGUAAUACAGAUGUACUAUUCUUCAAUAUAGGAGGAAACUAUCGAUAUUGUCCACGUAAACGAGCACAUCAUCAACAAAAUACAACAGCAGUUUUAAUAGAUAUGAAAAAUCGUACGUUUGGUAUUCGUUGUAAAGAUCAAGCUUGUAACAACACGGUUUUAGUUUGGAACAAAAUUGAAUAA